GCACGUGCCUUCUAUCCCUCUUAUAAAUCCUACAUCAUUUUUUUCCUUCGCUGAAACAUCGCUCCUCACAUCACGUCUUUCUCCACCGACUGCAACUCAUUCGCGGCGGUUUCCGGUGAUCGGUGAUUCGACCUAAAAUCAUCUUCCGAUGUCGAUAAAAACUGUUAAAGUCUGUAAUGUUUCCUUGGGAGCAACUGAGCGAGACAUAAAGGAGUUCUUUUCUUUUUCUGGUGAUAUUGAAUAUGUCGAACUGCACAGUCAUGAUGAGCGAUCACAAAUUGCUUAUGUUACCUUCAAGGAUUCGCAGGGAGCUGAGACUGCAGUACUGCUAUCGGGAGCAACAAUAGUUGAUAUGUCAGUUACAAUAACUUUGGAUCCAACUUACCAGCUUCCACCUGCUGCUUUGACAUCAUCUGUAAAAGAAAGUGAAGCUCCUGCUGGUGCUGAAUCUGCUUUGCAGAAGGCAGAGGAUGUGGUUUCCAGUAUGCUAGCCAAGGGUUUCAUCUUAGGGAAAGAUGCUGUUCACAAAGCUAAGACUUUCGAUGAGAAGCUUCAGUUAUCUUCAACAGCAUCGGCAAAAGUUGCAUCUUUUGACCAGAAAGUUGGGCUUAGUGAGAAAAUUAGUGCUGGUGCUUCAGUUGUGAGUGAUAAGGUUCGAGAAGUGGAUCAAAAGUUUCAGGUUUCAGAGAAGACGAAAUCAGCACUUUCUGCUGCUGAACAGACAGUCAGUACUGCUGGUUCUGCCAUAAUGAAGAAUCGAUACAUUCUUACUGGGGCCUCCUGGGUAACAGGUGCUUUUAGUAGGGUUACUAAGGCAGCUGGGGAAGUAGGUGAAAAGACCAAAGAGAAAGUAGAGAAUGCAGAACAGCAGCACAAGCAAAACACUGGAGAUUCUGGGCCACCAAAAGCAGCAGCAGCAAGUGAGCACUAGUCUUCCAAGCCUGCUCCUGCUCAAGGUUUGAUCCUUUGAUUUGUUUCUUAUGUGUGUAUAUAUCUUCUCCGAAACUCCAGCAAACUGUUUCCAGAUGAUCACCGACCCUUUUUUUAAGAUUAAAAGUGAAUGUAGGACAAAUGUGCAACUAUUUGACUUUCUGUAGGAAGAUAAACUAAAUUUUAUAGGUGCGAAAUGAUGUGCUUCUCCUA